AUGAUUCGCCUCUUUCUCAGCUCAGCCUUUCCUCUGCGGCAGAGAUUGGCCGUUUUCCCGCGGCGAUGCUUCUCAUCUCAUGUGGGGAUAAAAGCGUCUGAUCCGCUCCGAGUUCUCUUUUGCGGCUCAGAUGCAUUUAGCUGCGAGUCUUUGCGCACGUUACAUCGAGAACAUGAGAGUAACAGACGGCUGAUUGAAUCUUUGGAUGUGAUGGUUCUGCCGCCCAGACGAACGGGAAGAGGUUUCAAAGAGAUUACAGAGGUACCGUGUAAGUCUGUUGCGGAGCAUUUAGGACUGAGAAUACAUCAGCGAGAGACAUUUAGAGGGUGGAGUAUACCAGAAGGGACCAAUUUAAUCGUAGUUGUCUCUUUUGGAUUAUUUGUCCCGCCACGGAUAUUGAAUUCAGCAAAAUAUGGUGGUUUAAAUGUUCACCCAUCUCUCUUACCACAUCUGCGCGGACCAGCUCCGAUUCACCACGCCAUGAUGCGCAACGAAAAAUACACCGGCGUGUCUCUACAAACUUUGGAUCCCAAAGCUUUUGACCACGGGGUCGUUCUCGCUCAGACGCCGUCUCCAGGCAUACCCAUCCCAGCUGGUACUACGUUGCAACAACUUACAGAAUCUCUUGCUAAAGUAGGCGCGGAGAUGCUUGUUCAGGGACUACGGGACGGGGUACAUGUGCCGCCGUAUACGAGUGUCGAGUGGAUGGCCAACCAGUUGAAAGGAGAGAAGCUUGUUCACGCGCCGAAGGUGAGCAAAGGGGAAUCUCAAAUCAACUGGCCCGAGUGGAACUCUACAGAUGUUGCCCGCUUCCUCAAUAUCUUCAACACGGUAUGGACGCACGCGAGAAACGACAAGGGAAAGUUUAAGCGGGUGCUGUUCUUGGACGCAGAGAGCGUGUCUGAGCAUGGCGUGACGGGAAGGAGUGAAGAAAUCUUAUUUCGGUUCGAAAGAGGGAAUGAAGGACAUGACGUUCAGAGGAAUGUUAGAGUGGAUGAUGAGCAUGAUGCGUUUUAUAUACAGAUGGCGGACGAGAGCUGGGUGCGUGUGAGGAAUGUGAAGGUUGAUGGGAAGACGACACAGGGGGCGAGAAUUGGGAUGAGAGAGUUUAUGAAGAAGAUGAAAUGA